GUUCAGUUUUUGGGGGGCAAUGGCUGCAGGAUCUUCUCCGAGUCCUCGACUCUUCUAUUCUCCAGCGCAACUACAGUACCCAACACCAUCACCGUUCACUUACUCUAUUGGCUCUACUACUACAUGGAGCUCUACACCCACCCUCCAUCGCUACAAUCUCUUCAUUCGCUCAUUGGGGCUUCUAUUCUCUUUCGUCUCUGCUAUCUCACUCGCUUCACCCUCUCCCAACAAGAUCAAAGGUGAAGCCGCGUUUAGUUUUGGUCAUUACCCAGAAUUAAGGUACAGCUUUGGAGUCACCAUUUUGGCAUCUGGUUAUUCAGCUUCCCAACUCUUUAAAGGUGUAUGUGACAUUGUCCACAAAGGUCUUCUCAUCUCGGAUUUGGUCUCUGACUAUCUAAGCUUCAUUCUUGACAACCUGCUAUGCUACCUUCUCAUUUCAUCAUCUUCAAUGUUAGUGUCGAUGAUCCAACAGAUAGAAAGUGCUUCUCCGGUUUGGAAAGCAACCAUUGUGUCGAUGAGCAUGUCAUUCAUUGCUUUCUUAGUCUUCGUAGCUUGCAGUCUUUUGUCUGGGUACAAGCUCUGUAAGAGAAUCAUUUGGUGAACGUGAAUCCUCAUGUUGAAAUUCAACUCAACUCAGUCUUAUU